GCCAAAUUAUGAACCGCUGUGGCGCUUAAAACGAUUUUUUUCUGGCGAAAACGAAUUUAAUCAGUAGCUAUUAAUUGUAUUUUUAAAUAUUGAUACUGUAGUGUAAUGUUGGAAUGGUAAAGUGACCGAAACGGAACACUGAGUUAUAACCAGUGGAGUGCGUAGAUGAUGUUUGUUUACGUUCUGGUUAGUUGGUGAUGUUCAAUUAGUGACUAUAUGCAGUUUCUUUCCGUUUUAAAUGGUUAGACAGCUCAUGUUUGUGUAGUAGUUUAGCUGGUAGUUCGGGUUGUAUGCGUCAGGUUAGUUUGUAGGGUUUAGCGCUAGCUCAUAUAAGUAUUCGUUGUUUAGCUUUGAGCUAACAUGGGUCGACAGUGUGUUGUUACCGGCUGCAGAAAUCGUACAACACUGCACUAUUUCCCGGUCGACGCCGAUAUGAGGCGUAAGUGGCUCAUUGCACUGGGUUUACCCGACGAUAUCAACAGCAAAGCUGGAGUUUGCAAUUUGCAUUUUCCCCCGGAUAGCUUCUCUAAUCGUCUGGAGGUAGACAUGGGAUUCAUCAAACUGCUCAAGCUGAGGAGCGACGCGGUGCCAAUACCUGCUCCCCCUGUACGGCCGAGAGUAGCUCGACCAAGACCGCAAGAGCUGCUGCCACAACCACGCCUCAUAGCGCCCAAGCCGACGAGAGAAAUUGGAUGCCAGACGGAGCGAGUUCUCACCAAACAUGCUUUUUAUCAGGUUGACAUCAAGCCUCACAGGAGAAGCAAAGCUACGGAGACCCGACCUUAUAACAGGGAUGUGUCGUGUGACACGGGCAAUUCUGUGGGUCUCGAGGUUAACUUUGAGGAGGGCCCAGUGGUGAGCCUCACUCCAGAGAGUAGGGCAGAGUGUGAGGUUUUUACGGACGACUCCAGAAGCUGCAUGGAUGAAACCAACACGAGUCCCUUAAAUGAGCUGCCGCCUGACACGAUGCAAAAACACAUUGUGUACGAGGACAAUCUGUUGGAGCUCUUCAGAACAUGUCCAGUUUGCAGCCGGAGCUGUUCAAUUACUAAAACAGUAACCGGCACUUUCCUGCAGCUGAAGCAGACGUGUGCUCACUGCGAGUACACGCACCAGUGGUCCAGCCAGCCAAUGGUGGGCAACACUCCAGCUGGGAACCUACAGCUCGGUGCAGCGGUUCAGAUAUCCAAGGUCCUGGAUGCCUUUAAGAUCCAAGGAAUCUCUGAAACGGCGUUCCAUAAUCACCAAAUAAAGUGUUUGAGCAACGCAAACACUUAAGAAUUUAAGAAAGAAGAGAAGAUUGCAAGAAUAAAUGUGUUGUAUUAAUGUUAAUGUUAAAGUACUUUUUCUAUGACAUGACUCAGUUUGCUCAACAGACAGACUGAAUAUACAGUACCUGGUCCUUACUCCCUGGGUGAUUUUCAUGUACGGAAAAGAGCUGGAGUCAAAGAACCAUUAGACAUCACAAUAACUAAGACGACGACGACAAAAAAAACACUUGUUGACUAGCACUGUAUAGUUUGGCUUACUUGAAGCUCUUACUUACUAGCUCUUGUUUGAACCGAAAUGUUUAAAUGCACUUAUUGUAAAUCACUUUGAAUAAAAGCGUCUGCCAAAUGACAUGUAAUGUAAUGUAAUACAAACAUGUACAAUAAAGAUAUUAUUUAAGUUAA